GGCAGCCUUGCUUCAGAUCUCGCAUCCGGAGUGAAUGAAGAUGGCAACAGGCUGAGUGCCACUCAAUCGCACGAUGAACCGAUGACGUAAUUGGUGAGGGGCCGGCAGCCAUGAAUUGGAUGGGUCAAGCGCAACAGAGGGUCAAGCGGGUCAAGCGCAAGGCCGCUGAGGCCACUCAGAAGUCGUACUUCCUGGUCAGCAGACAAAAACUAUGGGUGAAUGUGGAGAAAACCGGUCAGUGACUCAUUCAGCUGUCUGUAUGUGUGUUUGUGUGGUGCAGAAGAGAGCCAGGCUGCAGGCCGAGGAAGACGGCAAUCAGAGUGAUCCGACCUACCAGCAGAUUUCCAUGCAGUUGCUCCGGCCGCGCAAGAGCAAAGAGUCAAUCGUCGACAAAUACAAGUCAUGAUGAUGAGGGCCAAACAGACGGGGAUGCAUCGGCAUUCUGUUGGUCUUUGUGUUGCCUGUGUGUGUGUAUACAGGAAGGAGGAUGAGGAGCGUGAGUUGCAUCGCAAGCGGAACCGCAAGCCCGAUGAGCAGCUGAAGCCCGAUGCGUCAUCCAAGCCCAAGCCCGACCUGCCCAUGAGCCUCGCUCCUCCAUCCCGGUGAGAGUUCGACGGCCUUCGUCUGAUUCAUUCACUCACUCUCUUCUUGCGUGCGUGGUCUGGUGUGGUUUGUUUUGGUUUGGUGUUUGUCAGUCGUUCCAUCGGCCAGCCAUCGUAUCGUGCGUCGGUGGAUGACCAGGAAGCAGGGGCGGCAGGAGGGGACGUCAUCAGCGCGCCAAAGAUUCCCAUGUAUCGCAGCAGACGCAACUCCCACCCGUGAGCUUGUCAUAUGAUGGGGCAGACAUGUGUGUGUGUACAUUGGCUGCCUGUGAGGUGGAUGUGUCAGGGAGAGGGAGGAGCAGCCGUUCCAGGCGUUCCUCAAGCCCUCUGCGCCCUCCCUGCCAGCACCCAUCGACACCAACCAAUCGCACCAACUCAACCGCCCUCCAGCCGCCGCUGCCUCCUCCAUGCGUCCGUUCGAUAAUGCCCCUGGCCUGCUGCCGCCUUCGACCAUCUUCCGACAGGCGGAAGGUGCCACGGUUGGUGGUGGCGGACUCCGAGCGCUCAGUGACAACACGUCGGAGUCAGGCUUCCUUCUGAGGCCAUUACCACGCGAGCGUGUUGAGGAGAGCGAUGUGUGGGUGAGGGGUGCGGUGGAGUGGCCAUCUGAGCGGAGGGUUGCGGGGGACUGGCGGGAUGGGGAAAUGCCGCUGAUGUCGUCUCGGUGAGGGACUUUGUUACGCAUGUGUGUUGACGAUGGAUCGUGGGUGCUUUUGUGUGUGUGUAGGCUGAAGGCUGGUUCAGACCCGCCCUGGCCCUCGAUGGCUCCUGCCUCUCACCCGCCACUCUCAUCACUCUCAUCCAUGCGUAUUGGGCCGUCACAUGACGACAGAUACAUGCUCACCGACUCAUCCUUCCAACAGCACCACAAUCGCAAUGACAUCGGUUAGCUAAUUAAGAAGGUCGUUUCAUCUCCUCGAAACGUGUCUGUGUGUUCUGUGGUGGCCUCAGGCUCGACUUUCUCUCUGCGUCCUCUUGCUCACGCACCACCCUCCGUGCAAGGCCAGUUCGAGCUCAUGCCUCCCGCCGCCCCAGUGGACCAUCCUCGACGUGACAACGCACCAUUCUUCCUGCAGCGCCACCCACCCGCCCCACAGCACACUCACACGACGCUGACCGCCUCAGACGGAUGGAUGCAGCCAUCCUCAUCGCUCUCGGCUAUGGGAGGACCGCUGGAGGGGUAUGCGGCUGCAGUUGUGAGGGACCCGCAGGCAUCUCGUCAGGGGGGUGAUGGUGGAUGGCGGCGUCCGGCGUCGAUCGGUGGUCCGUUUGCUGGCGAGCAAGUGGGUGACGGGUGGGAUCCGAUGUCGCAGCUGCAAGAGCGGCGCGCAUCGGGGCUGAUGGGCGGCCGGCCGCAUGCCACCAUGCAGCAGCCGUUUCAGCCAUUCCCUGCAGACACCAGAGUGAUUCAUGACCAGGUGAUAAGAGCAGGAGAGGCAGCCACCAGUGUCCCUGACCCCAUAUGAAUUGGUUUUGCAGCCCUCACUGACCGACUGUCGAGAUGACGAGCCCGACUUCGCCCACCCAUCAUCCGUCUUCGCACGCCCCGACCGCCCCUUCGCCAAGCCACCCACCCCUCCCCUGUCACGCCACAAAGACACCAACAUGCUGCAGCUCGCCAAAGCCGCAGCACUCAAGUGCGGGAAAAGGGAUGGUCGGAUCAGACGGUUCAUUUCCUGUAUGUCUGUGUGUAUGUGUGUGUGUGUGUGUGCGUGUGUAUGUAUGUGUUUGCAUCAGGAAUGCACUCUCACUUCCUGGUGCGGAUGGCGGCGUGCCCUUCACCCUCCAGCAGCCGCCGCCCAUCAGUGUGGGGGCAAACGACCAUGAGCCGCAGCAAGAGCAGACCACCAUGAACGUGAAUGGGGCGACCGCCAUGUGCAUGAAGGAGAGCGAUCAGUGGCCAACGGGGGCGUGUGGGAACGGAGAUGGCGAGGGGGUCGGCUGUGGCGAAGCAUCGCAUGCACAAGUUGACAAGUGAGUGACUGUGCAGGAACAAGUGUAGCCACCCACCCAUCCAUCCAUUCAUCCAUCCAUCCAUUGACGGUACUUGUGCGUGUGUGUGCAGUGGUGUGUGUGCGGAGGAGUGUGCCGAUGAGGAGAGCUGUGUGGAAGAGGCCUGCGGAGAUCCCAGUGCGGGCGCUCGCCGACUCAAUUUCCCUGCUGUGCUUGAGGUACUGAACGAGACACACAAUGACCCUUUUGGCCAGACUAUAGGUGUAUGUAUGCGCUGUUACCUCUCACUCAGUUGAGUCCCGAUUCGUCCUCUCCGCUGCCGCCUUUUUGCAAGCAGGAGAGGUCACAACAGGCCGACAGCGUGCGACAGCCAGACAGGUACACAGAUGGAGAACGGCCUUCCCAUAUCUCUCUCUCCAUUUGUUCUCUGUGACCAUUUGCAGCCGGCCCGCCCUGACUACGAUCAAUGGCUUUCCGGCUUUGUCCCUCUUCAGUCUUUCCGCUGCAGAUCGAGAAAAGCCACUUCUGCAGAUCCUACAGACCAUCCCUGUGUCUCGCGAGGCGCGUGAGGAGCAGGACCUCAAGACACCUGCAGAGAAGCAGCGAGAGCCCCCAGCCUUCGCCACACUCAUGCAAGCACAGACGCCACGACCGUUCCUCGCACUCAUGGACAACCAGGGGCAUCAGGCGGCGGCGGCGGCGGCGGCGGCGGCGUCAAAUUGUGAGCCUCAGGGCCACAGCAGCACUCCCCAUCCACAGCAAGAAGCCAUCUGCGACACAGACAGGUGCGAACACGAGACGGAAAGAGACGUGUGUGACGGGGGAGGGCGCCGCUUUAUGUGGGAUGUUGUGUGUGUGGUGUGUGCGCUAGCUCUGCAGCCCGCUCUCUGUCCAGUCGAGCAGCGGAUGAUGACAUGGACAAGCAACAGAAGGAACACAUGCAACACCAGGUGAGAGGAUUGAACGGGACGCAUCCACUCGUGUCUCUCUCCUUCUCCGUGUGUGUGUGUUGGUUGGUUGUCAGUGUUAUGAGUUCUCUCUCCCCCUCCCUUUGACUCGAGUCGAGUGGAAGGUGCCGUCUUUGAUGUUGGCCCAGUCAGUCCCCCUCAUGUUUGCGCGUGACGCACACAUACACAACACACACAGCACGGACAUGUUCCAGCACCAGCAGCAGCAGUCUCUGUGUACCGUACUACCGUGUCACCUCAUGUAUCGACUCAUCGCAAACACGUGACGGCAUGGAAGGACAGACAGACGGACACAUGGACGUGGGUACGUGUCUUCAUGUAGCAGACGGUCAGACAGACAGCAAUACAAUACAUGAAUGCAUGGAUCGG